AACUUUAGAACUGGCCACUCUGACAAAAGAGAUUCUGGCUGUGAAUCUCUAGCAGUUCUCUUUGAAGAAGGAACAGUGCAAAGCAUGCAUUAUCCAGAAGCAUAUAAUAAUCUAGCAGAAUGCCAAUGGAUUGUUCAUGCUCCAGAGAACCAUGUUGUUAAGCUUGCAUAUGAACACUUUGAACUGGAAGAAAAUGAAGACUGUAUUUAUGACUCAGUGACAGUCUAUGAAAAUGUGGCAAAGGAGAAAGAAAUAGCUCGAUCAUGUGGAUUUGCUGUCCCAGCACCAGUUCUGAGUUCCUCUAACACAAUGCUUAUCCACUUUCAUUCUGAUGAAACAGAGACCUACAGUGGGUUCAAAGCUGUAUUUUUCUUCAUUGAUGUUGCAG